GUGGCUGUGCAGUGCCAGGAGGCACAGGUGGUGCUCACAGUGCACCGGGACCUCUUCGGCACUGGGCGCCUGGUCCGGGCUGGGGACCUGACCCUGGGCACGGCCAGCUGCCCAGCCACGGCCCAAAAUGCUGCUGAGAACGUGGUGACCUUCGUGGCUGGGCUGCACGAGUGUGGCAGCACCCUCAGGGUGACCCCUGAUGCUCUAAUCUACAGCACAACCUUAAAUUACAGCCCAGUCCAUGCAGGCAACCCCGUCAUCAUCCGCACCAGCCCUGCUGUGGUUCCCAUCGAGUGCCACUACCCCAGGAGAGCCAACGUGAGCAGCAGUGCCAUCAAGCCCACCUGGGCACCUUUCCGCUCCACCGUGGCCUCAGAGCAGAAGCUGCUCUUCUCCCUGCGCCUGAUGAGCGAUGACUGGAGUGUCGAGAGAGUCUCGGCCGUGUUUCAGCUGGGAGAGGUCCUGCACUUCCAAGCUGGGGUCGAUGCAGAGAACCACGCGCCCCUGCGGCUUUUUGUGGACAGCUGUGUGGCUGCCCCGGCCCCGGAGAGGGGCUCCUCUCCCCAGUACGCCUUCAUCGACUUCAGCGGGUGCCUGGUGGAUGGGCAGCUGGAUGAUGCCACCUCAGGUUUCAUAUCCCCGAGGCCGCGGCCGGACGUGCUCCAGUUCGCAGUGGAUGCGUUCAAGUUUGCAGCAGACUCCAGCAGCCUGAUCUACAUCACCUGUCACCUGAAGGCCUCCCUGGCCAACCGUGCUCCCGAUGCCCUGAACAAGGCUUGCUCCUUUGACAAAGCCAGCAGCCUCUGGACGCCCGUGGAAGGCCCCCGGGAUGUGUGCUCCUGCUGUGAGGGCCGGCGCUGCCCCUUGGGGGGGCUCUCCAGGAGGCUCCAGGCUCCCUCCCGCUGGCAAGGAGGACGCUCCCGGAGGGACCUCUCCUCCCAGCCCGAUCCCGUGGUGGAAGAAGAGGAUGUCAUGCUUGGCCCCCUGCUCAUCCACAGCUGGCAGCAUCCCAGCAGGGGCAGGAUGCCCUCAGGAGCUGCAGGAGGUCACCUGGGGCUGGUCCUGGGGCUGGCUGCGGUUUUUGGCUUGGUCGUCCUGAUCCUGGCUGCUCUGGGAGCUCUGACUGCCUGCUGCCAGCCCAGCAAUCCUGUCUGA